CGAUAAAUAAACAAACACCUGCUAUUAAAGGUAAAAAGAUAUAGAGGUCAUUAAUGGCGAUAAACGAUAAUAUUUUCUCUUGAAAACUGUUUAAGAUGACGUCUUAGAUAUGCUUGCAUAAAAUAGAUUAUAUUGGACCGCAAACUCAAGACAAGUUAUAGCCAAAAACAUAAUAUUUAUUCUACUGAUCAAUAUUAGGAAAGGGAUCAUGUAUGCACCAGUGUACAACACCGAAUAUUCAAGUAAUUAUACACAUGGACCAGGAGAAUAUGUGUCCACUAAUGCCGCAAACAUACAAAAUCAGACAUGGAAUCCUGCAACUGGAACAAAUGGGCAGAUGUUAACUCAGAGUUCUAUGGGCCCGCCACAGAUGGCACCACCAUCAUACGAGGCCGUGUACGGAUCAUCUAAUGGCGCAGGCCAAAUGUCCUCGAGAACUCCAUAUGAGGUGGGCAGUGUUCAUCCACAACAUUUCCGAACGAUGAGAUCAACUCAGGUGGAGCCAAUGGGGACCACACUACGCACUACGUUUUAUGGCGAAGAGAAUCUACCAGAUAGUUAUGAGGCGGUUCACAGCUCGGAGGCAUGGAGCUAUGACGCAAGAUGGCAAGGGAAAGCAUCUGGAGAAUUUUCCAAAGACUUAAGUCCAAGUUGGCAAGAAUGGUCAGCCAUUUCAAAAUCUCCACCUUAUAUAAAUUGCUCACCACAGCAAAAUAUGGAACAGUACAAAACACAAAUACCAUGAGACGUGUAGUUGUAAACAUUUUUUAGGAUCCUGUAGAAGGAAAUUAACUUGAAAACAAAGCACUCGCGGCACUUUUGGUAUUAAACGUUGUGGUGUUGCUUUUUUGCCUUGUUAUUGCCAAUAUGGUAAAGGAAUCAAGCCCAGAGCUCAACUUAUUUUUGACGAUUUAUGGCCCGAAUGCUUUGUGUCAGACUUUUGAAUGAAGGUGGCAGAAGACGUGCAGUCACCAUACGGAUUUGGGCAUACCUUCGAGAACAACUGUCACUAAAUAAAUUGCUGACACGCAAUCUUGCGUGUGGGAGGUUUCAGGAAUUGUCUCCAAACAAAGUGAAUUUGAUCGAACCCAACUGUUUGCUACCUUUUACGCUGUAUUAUAGCCUACCAGAGUCAAUAAUAAAAUAUUUAAAAUCAUUUUCUAUUGUAAUGUCCAUCAUUUUCGGCUUUAAGGUCAAGUAUGUGGGUAUGAAAUUAUAUAAUUGUAAUUGACAUGCAGACACUUUUUAUAAACAACUCGUACAUUAGACGCUAUAACAUAAGUUGUCCAUUGCCUUCGAUUCAAGUUCCAAAAAGAUGACAUGUGAUGCUUGUAAGCUUGCGUUAAAUAUGAUUUAGAUUAACUCAAUA